AUGGGCCGAUCGUCAAAGGUAAUAAUAGAUGAAUCUUGUUUAAUGAAAGGAGCACCAUCGUGCGACAAAGCGAAGGCUAAAAUCGACGAGCUCGGGAAGAACUUUCCAAGUGAUUUGCCGUACAUCGUCACAUACGAGAAGAAAUGUCUGGAAGCCAUAUGUCAAGAAUGUGGUCUCAGAUUGAAAAUUAAGGGUUCUGCACUUGGCGGUAUUACAAAACAUGCGACCAGCAUAUGGCAUGGUUUCAACGUCAAACAGAGACUAGGUUUAAACAAUCUGGAAGAGACAUCAACCUCCAAAUUCAUGACCCGAAGCAAGGCUAUGGAGAAUCCAUCUGAGCCAAAUUCCUGA